AUGGCCGCAAUAGCAGGUGCGGGGAGCAGAGGCGGUGGCGCAUUCAGGCAGUCUCGGCGCAAGAUUCUCGGGGACGGCAACGGGUGCGAGAGGUGCGGUCUCUCCGCUUUUCAUGCCGCGGCAGCGCGGCCGGCGGAGAAAACGAUGGGCUCAGCAAUUCGCGGAAAGAAGGCCAGAGUGGUGGCCGGAAAGGUGGAGCAAGGACUGGAAGCAAUCGUGCCAGAGACGGGAUUUGAGGAUGACCGCAGAAUGGCGGAGGAGGAAGCAGCUCCGGGACCGAAUAAUAGAGGAGCUCGGCGCGGUGUGGACACGACCAUUAGGAAGAGUAAUGACGACGACCUUACUAAGCCCUGGGCGGGCCGAGGGGACGCGGGAGGUACCAGUGGGCGCAGCAUAGGCCAGAGCAGCCGCGGAAGCAGCGGAAGAAGCAGCGGCAGCGGCAGCGGCAGCGGCAGCGCCUUGUGCAGCAGCAGCAGCGCGCAGGACACCCCUGUCAUGCUCACUCGCGCCGCCUCCUCCCCCUCGCUCACCACUUGCUCUUUCCCCAAUUCCUCCCCCUCCCCGCUCCCCUUCAUGUCCGCCUCACCUCCCCGCUCCCCCUCGCCUUUCCCCUCUCCUCGCUGCCCUUCCCCGUGCGCGCAUUCCGCACGAACCCGGACUUCUCCGGAAGGGUUUUCUCCGCCGUCCCCGCCGUCCUCCCCGGGCGCGCAGCCGUCGUGUCUUGGCGCGUGCCGUCUGCUGCCGAGAGCUCGCGGGCCCACGAAAAGCGCGGGGAGGCCCCCUUCAGGGUGGAGGGCUGGCGGAGCAGUGACGGAGGCUCUCCCCCGGUGGCACGCGGGCGCGGCUGGACUUGACUUGAGGGGGGAGGGAUCAGGAGUAGAGGGUCUGGUGGAUGGGUGGAGGCUUGACGAGAUUCAGAGAGUGGCGGGAGGCUGUUUUUUUGCGGAAAGACGAACGUUGGCGGAGGGCGGGAUUGGCGCGGAAGAACGCGGGAGAGGGGGCGACGGUAGAAGUCUUCGGGACAGUCGGCGAGGCGAGUGGUUCGCUGGGCGACUUGUGGGUGAGAGUGUGCGGUUUAUGGGCGACCAUGUGCGAUCGCUGGGCGACAGCUGGGCAGGCGGUCGCCGGGCUCAUGGGCUCAGGCGCGGCGGUAAGGGUAUGGUAAGAGAAGGGUGUGUUGCUGAUGAGAACGCCUGGGAGGAGAGUGGGGAAGAGAUGGAUGGGGCGAGGCAAUUGGAGGAAGGGUGGGGAGAGGAUGAGGACGCGGGGGAGUCGGAGGAGGAGGAAGGGGAGGAGAAGGAAGAGGAGGAGAAGGAAGAGGAGGAAGAGGAAGAAGAGGAGUGGUGGAUGCAUCACCCGCGGCCGCAAACGCCGAUGAUGCUGCUCGAGUGGCAGGAUCUGGUGGUGGGGGAGAUGGGCGACGAGGAGAAGGAGGCUGCAGGGUUCUGGAGAAGUGGAGGAGGGGUGCUGGGUGGGGGUGCUGGUAGUGGCAGUAGAUCGGGCCGGAGGAGGAGGGAAAGUGGGAGUGAAUGGGGCGAUGGAACAGAGAGUUGGAGGGAAGGUAGCAUGGAGUGUGACCUGGUGGAGGAGGAGAGAGGUGACCUGCAGAGGGAGCAGUCAGAUGCUGCUGUACGGGAAGCAGCAGGCACCGGUUCACAUGAUGGAAAAUCGUGGUUGGGUCCACCCAUGUGA